AUGCGCCAGAGCGUUCAGACUCUGACGUGCAUUUGUCGCUCCCCCUCCGUUUGCGUGCAGAGGCGCCGCACCCCCUCCCUGCUUCGCCUUGCUCGAUCAAUUGGUCCGUAUCGCAACGGCCCCUCCUUUCUGCGCGAGACAGCUUCCCCCACGCAUCGGCAGAUCAACGAACAGAAGAGGGGUAAGACAGGCACUAUCAAGCAGGGAACCAGCUCGCCUGAAACCGCAGAAACAGUGUGGACCAUAUCCCUGGUGCCCGGAGAUCGUCAGCCUCUUUCGACUGUGCGUGUGACGUCUUGUUGGUGGUUAGCAUCGGGGCUGAAAGGAUCCUCGUGGCAGAUUGACCGUUGCACAGGGCCAGUGCCCUUUGCAAUUGUUAUCAGAGGCUUUUUUUAG